CGCUGGGAGUUGUGGUCCCGACGGAGGGGCGGAGCGGAAGCGGCCAAUAAGAGGCGAGGGGGGGGCCUGGCGCGGCAGACGCCGGCCGGUGUCGGAGCAGCGCGCCACCAUGUCACCCAGCCAGGAACCCGUUUUCCCUGAGUAUGAAACAGAGACCAGCCAGACCUCGAGGCUGUUAAAUAAAUUUAAGGAGACGCCGUUCGUGCCUAUUGGGAUGGGUGGCUUUUGUGCCGUGGUUGCCUAUGGGCUGUACAAGCUGAAGCACAGAGGUAACAUGAAAAUGUCCCUUCACCUGAUCCACAUGCGUGUGGCAGCCCAGGGCUUCGCCGUGGGAGCUCUGACGUGCGGCGUGCUGUAUUCCAUGUUCCGGGAUUACGUGGGGAAGCCCAAGGAAUAGUGGGAAGCUGUCUGAAAUCCCUGUCCUGGUGGUGGCCUGUGUACUGCAGCUCCCAACCUCCUGUCGAGGAAAACAAAUAAUACAUGGCAUUAGAGAAUUGUUCUAUUUUGUGUAUGGUACACUGUGCUGGACCUGGCAGCCUCAGAAUGUGCCCUGGGGGUCUGGGUCUCUCUGAUUGACACCACCACAUCCCAGUUUUUAGGGGAUAUUGUGGAGUGCAAUCCUCCUAUUUUUUUCCCUUCAACUCAGUCCUAAAACUGGUGACUUCUUUUGUUAUUGCCCCAAACCAUGAUGUCUGAGCUGGCUUCUGUCAGGGAAUGUUAAUUUUCUAUCCUCUGCCUCCAACUUUGUAACUUAGAAGCUUCCAGUAGCACUAAAUGACUUCUAAAAUAUUGAGAGAUAUAUAGACAUCUAUAUUUUUUAUUUAAGGCACAGUAUGUUGCAGCUAUUUAAAUGUUAUAUUUAUUCAUUGUUAAUGAAGGCACAGGCUCCCUAUUUUUGCUAUAUCAGACCCUUGGAUUAUAUUUUGUAACUUUAUUUACAGUGUUCUUCUGAGUAACAUCUAAAUGUAACAUUUAAAAUACAUAUUGUGAAAACUAAACCUUAAUUUGGUGGUUUAAUGCUUUUAAAGUGUUUGAUCUAGCUGAUUUCUGCAGUACUGUUCCCCACAGAAAAUUUUAAAACCUCUAAAUCUGAAAAGCCCCCUAUCGCCUUUGAGGUAUUAAAAUCCAUGUCUGUGAGUUAUUUUAGAGUCAAACUCCUUGUACCUCCAACAGCAGUCACAAAAAUAAAGCCAAUUUCUAAAAAAAGCA